AUGGUGCUGCACAUGGAUGAGUCAAAUAAAGACAGAGCAGGUGGGGCGGGAAAAGGCCACAAACAUGACAAACCAAACAGAGAGCACAGAGAAGACAGAAACUCUGAGUGCAAGACCACUUCCAGAGGCAGAGAGCGUGAAGGAGGGAAGUCCACACUGGAGCUGCCAUCUUCCUCCUCCUUGAAGCAAAGCACAGAGAACUGGGGGAAGGAGGAGAGCAAAAACAUGGCCAAAGUGGCCUUUAAAGAACCCAAGAUCACCACAAGAGAGUCCAAAGGUGGAGCUGGAGGGCAGGUGGAUUUACAAGCUGUGAACAAACGCCCUUCACCCACUAUGGAGUCAUCGAACCUGAGCACCAAAAAGCUGAAGCGCUUGAAGGGAUGUAAAGAAGAAAGCUCCAUCACCGUCUUCUCCCAGAUCUUCUCAACUACUGCUGCUCCUCCCUCCAGUAACCUGGAGAAAAAAGGGAUGAAAGAAAAAAGCCAUUCAGUAAAAAUGAGAAAUGAGAGUCUGGUAGGGAAGAGAUGGACAAUUUCAGACUCCAAUUCAGAUGAUGAGACUUUGUCUAGAUCUAUGCAGUCAGUCCAGUCCACUUCAUCCAGUUCCUGCUCCUCUUCCAGCUCCGACUCUGAGUUUGAGUCCUUCCAGAUGCAAAGACGAGGACCUUUGCACUCCAUGGUGAACCAUCUGCAAUCAGAGCGCUCUGAUGAGGACAGAAUCCCUGAGGUGGAGGCAGCCAUGAAAGCCACACCCACAAUCCAGGACUCAUGCUUGUUCAUGGACAGUGACAGUGAUGAUAUUGAAGAGUCUCACCCACACAGCCAGGAGGUGCUGUCACCCAUACCCAAACUCAAUACAAAGGGCCUUAAGAUGUUGAAGAAGAACCCAGAUUCCUGUGAAAGAGAAAAGGUUCUUAAGGGGGACAAGUCUUACACAGAGGAGCUGGUGGACCUCCAUCGCAGACUGAUGGCUUUGAGAGAGAGGAACGUCUUACAACAGAUAGUAAACCUUAUUGAAAAGACGGGACACUUCAACGUCACCAAAACCACGUUUGACUUCGACCUUUUCUCCUUGGAUGAAUCCACAGUGCGUAGACUACAGAGCUACCUGCAGACCAGAAGGACAUGACAAAGGAAAUUCCUUGUCUGUGAAUUGCAUGUGAAUUCCAGUGCUUUGGAAUGAAAAAAAAACAUGCUUCCAACUACACUGCACUGUCAUCUUGUAAUGCAAGUGGCCACUUGUACAGAUAACAUUCCACAUAAACAGAUUUAUAAAGUGUGUAAUUUUAUUUAUAAAGUGUGUGAGCUUAACAUUUUAUGGAACGAGUCUCCAAUGUCUUUGUAACAAACUGUAACAUUUUCCCUGAUGUGAGUGGAGUACAGAAGCACGUUUAUUUAAAGGAGAUAUACAGAACCAUGGCC